UUCAUCUGCGCUGCCAGUGGAGGCCUCUCCAGGGUUGGCUCUAUAUAUCCCCCUCACCCACCAUGUUUAAAACAGCAGCCGACACAUUCUUUACUGACAGCUGACCAACUACCCCAUCAUGCGUGGGUCUUUCGCUCUUUCUUUGCUCUCCGCGGCGCUGGGCGCCUCUGCUGCUCUUACUGAGGCCAAUCUCAAAACCCAUGUUGACGUGCUGGCACUCAACAGCUCUUUCAACCCCGUCAAGGCUGCCUACUGGACCGGCUAUCCUCACCACCGUCGUACUCCAUUUGCUGUCUCCCCUGAUGGAUCGACUGCAUACCUCGCCUACCUGGACGCCAGCGGGACUGACGUGCACGUCGAGCAGCUCGACCCUACCACCUUUGAGGCCACGGGCACCACCGUCACUGUCAGCGGUGGCCAGGAAGCUGGUGGUCUCAUCGCCCACAAUGAUGGCUUCGCUCUGUUGACCAACGAGGCCAUGCCCUCCGGCACCACCAACGCUCCUCCCAGCGACACCCCCGUCCCCGUCCUCCACCGCUACACCAACGGCGAGCAGACCUGGAAGACCUGGCUGGGUGGCCCGGAUGUCCACGCCUCGGACGGUCUCUCCGCCGCCCCUGACAUGAACGGUGACCUGGUCUACUCCGAGAGCGCUGGUCUGUACGGUGCCUACUUUGUCGUCACCGAUUACUCGGGGUAUGCGUCCGGCCACUACGGCGAUAGCAUUGAAUAUGUGGCCGACAACGGUACCCUGGUCACCAUCUCGGGUGCCUCCAGCUCCUGGGGCUGCAGCCACAACACCGGUAUCGCCUUUGAGGCUGCCGACGAGCCGCCUUACGCCAGUAUCUGUGCCGAGGACCAGGGUGCCAUCUGGCUGAACACCCAGACCCAAGGCAUGACCAACGACGGGGUCAAGAUCUCCAAUGAGAACACCACCAACGGGGCUUCCGGCGAGCCCAUGGGUGGCAUGUCUGGCAGUUACAGUGGUCUGGCCCGCUUCGCCGAUAGCUCUCGUUACAUCUUCGCCUGGGUGUCCCGCGGCGCUGUUGAUGUGACCGAGAACACCUGGAUGGGCGACGGCUACACUCACGUCAGCAACCGCACCAACCCCCGCAACGUCGCCCUCGCUCUGUUCAGCGACAAGUACACCAAGGUCGGCGCUCAGGCUACGUCGACUGUGGGCGCCGAGGUUGGCGACAGCCAGGUCAACUGGGUGACCUCGGGCUCCAACGACUGCUCCAACGCCCACGUCGCCACCUUUGGCAACAGCUCGGCCUUGAUUACCUGGGAGGAGAUCUCCGAUCCCAUCUGCGACUACCUGGCCAUGGGCUGCCGCGGUGAAUUUGCGGGCACUUACUUCCAGCAGGUCGAUGCUGAGGGCAACAAGGUCGGCGAUGCCUUCAAGAGCACCGACAUCUACGUGUCCGGUGACAUGGUCACCAUGUCUGAUGGCCGCAUCUGCUGGCCCUACGUCAGCAUGGAAUGGGAUCUGUCCCAGGCGGUCUACGGCGACGACAGCUCCGAGUACACCAAGAAGAUGAGUUUUGCUUGCAUGAGCCCGAACGGUAGCUCUGCUGCCGCCCAGGCUAGCAGUUCUGCCUCUGUGGUGGCCACUUCUUCCGUUGCUGCCGUGACUCACGUUGCGGCCAGCGCGUCUGCUUCUACCCAGUCGGUCCCGACUCAGUCCGUUGCAGCUGUCUCUUCCGUUGCAGCUGUCUCUUCCGUUGCAGCUGUCUCUUCCGUUGCAGCUGUCUCUUCCGUUGCAGCUGUCCCUUCCGGUGCGGCUGUCUCUACUGUUGAGCCUGCUGUCUCUUCUGUCGCGGCUGUUUCCGUCCCCGCUGCGACCAGCGUGGUCGGUGUCGCUGCCGAGGCCACCUCGGCGCUGUUCACUCCCCAGGCUCCCGGUUCUACUACCGGAGUGGUGCGUCCCACGACGCUCCAGACUCAGGUCCAGGCCCAGACGCCUGGCGCCAGGCCGACCUGGGGUGGCAAGCACGCUGCGCACCCGGGGGGUGACGAGUUGCCCGAGGGAUACUGCUAUUUCUGAUUCCGUAGUGAGGCAGUGGGAUUGGUUGUGUAGUAUUGUCGAUAGUCCUAUGUAUAGUGAGGGGGUUUAAAUCAUAGCAUAAAAGCAACGACUCCUUUAGAUCAUUCUUCUAUGCUAGGAUGACUGUCCAAAUGAGGGUUUCCUUGUCA